UAGUCCGUACUAGGAAGCCUAGGGCUUCCUACACUCUCAAGCUCCUCAUGCCAAUUCUGGGGUGGAGGAGACGUAGAUAUAUGAAACGUCUCUUUUUUUCUUACUCCUCCCGGUUAGAAUUUCAUAACAAUUGGAGCUAGGAAUAUACCUCCCAGCCUUCCCUCCCUAUCCCUCACGAUGACUCCUCCCCAUCUCCGACACCAAGUCAUCCGGAUCUACAAAGAGCUCCUCUUCCUCGGCCGUGAAUACCCUCUCGGCUACCAAUUCUUCCGCGAACGCUUACACCGCGCUUUCGCGAGUCAGGCUCACAUCACUGAUGAGGGGAAAAUCAUAGACGGGAUACGGAGGGCGGAGUUUGUCAAGAAAGAGAUUGAGGCAUUAUAUUAUCUGAGACGAUAUCGCGCCCUCAAGAAUCGAUACGAUACACCCAAAAUACCUAUCGAACAAUGAGCCGGUGGUGGGGAGAUUGGGGGGAGAACGGGCAAAACGAAGAUGCUGGCCAAGGGUUUCAGGACGACUCGAAGUGAGAAAAGGUCAUCUGUCGUUUCUCGAGGAUAUAUAGUAUCUCGCCGUCUAGAUACAAUCAAUUGGGAAAUUUGAGAAGCGUAGUUAUCGUUUUUGCCCCCACCAUGCUCCGACUUCGAGACAUUCGCCACUGGCCACACCACCUUUCUGCAGUAGGUCCGUUGUCAUUCCAGUCCACCAUCGAUCCCAUUCGUCUCUGCCUUUGCCACUAGCUUCCAUGAGCAUGGGCUCCAUACUCUCGAUCAUCUGAACAAUUGUAUAAAGCGCGGUCUGGCGCAGUGCGAGCUGAUCUGCCGACAGUGCCUUGGGCUGUUUCCAGCCAUUGGAUGCGCCAUCCUGCGGCUCUCGCUCCCAUCUAACUUCCCCCAAAGGAAUUGCUAUCCUACGACUGUCCACGCUGUUGAAGGAUUCCGACUCGGAAGUGAAGGAAAGGCCAAUCAUGGCGCAUGGCAUGGGCGUUAAUUUGCGGCGUUCAAAAGCCUUUUGGGCCCAGGAGUUGUAAUCGCGUAAAUAUUUGUUCUGAGCAUCUGCAAAUGGGGUAGCCGGGAAUAUGGUGUAUGUGCCGGUGGUCUCAGCCUGUUCCGCAUUUUCCCCCGAUAGCCCGGGCGCAAGUGGCGGGUUUGGCAAAAGCGUUCUAAAUAUAAGAUCUGAAUCCCACACUUCAAGAACUCCGCCAGACUUCAGAACCCGAAGUGGUUCACUUAACGGAAGCGUUUGCAACUCUGAUCCUGACGGACAAAUCCCAGCAUCUUUUAUGAACACAAAAUCAAAGUAGCCAUCGGGGAACGGUAAUUUAGGCUUGCGUAGGUCGUGCCGUUUGAACUGCCAAUUAAUGCCUUGUUUCUGAAGGUCUGGCGCGAGGUUUACAAUAUCGAGACCAGUGAAGGAAAUAUUUUUGUGUCCUUUCCGAGCAAAGUAGUCAUGGCAAGCGUUUGACCAUAACGCGGAACCGCAAG